CAGUUUCAUUUCAGUAACACCUUUACACACACCCAGAUAUAUCGAUCUCGUCCAAAUUUAUUUUCGUCCGAAUAUUUUACAAAUUUUCAGUCCAAAUUUUAAAUGCAAAAGGUUUACGAAACGAAAUACUAAAUUUGAGUUGUACAAAAUUUGCAAAAUUCCCAAUGGAUAAACAGCAGAAGUCCGACGCCUCUUGCGGCCGUUCCACUUCGAGCAGCAGUCGUCGCGUCAUGUGGAAAAUGGACGCGGCCAAUAAGGAUGAUGAGGAGGUCUUCGAUUCGGUCGUCACCUAUCGCUGGAUGCCAGCAGAGGUCACCGUUAGCACUAAGAAAUCGAAAAGCAAUCCAGAGGUGGCUGGCAAACGAGAGGUAGCCAACAAAAACUGGCGAUUGCUGGUCACAGAGUUGGUCAAGCAAAAGGAGCUGGAGCAGCCGGUGCAGCUGGAGCAGCCGACAACAUCGCGUGCUGCUAUACACAAUACAAAUUCUUUGGCGAAACUUGAUGGCAAGGAGCGCGCCAAGGUAUAUUGGCAGCAUCUGUUCAACACAAUUGUUAAGCAGAAGCGAGUCAACAAAACGGCAAUGCCGCAGGAGGAAGAGGAGGAGGAAAAGGACAUUCCUUUGAGCGGUAGUUCCAGCCUGGCCCUGCGCUACAAGCCAUCCCAUGAAUCGCUCAAGUACAAGCGGAGCAAGGACCGAGGCGUAAAUCAAGAUCAGCAGCAGCCGAGCACCUCCCAUGCGGCGGCUGCCAGCUUAAACAUUGAAACCUGUGACCUGCCACCGCACCAGACGUGCGUGGUGCGUGAGCCUCCGCCAAUGUUUGCUCACCGCGUGCGCAUCUCAAUGUCCAACGACACAGAUUCGUGCAGCUCCGGGGAGGUGGAGGCGCAGAAGAACGGCACUGCAUCUGAUGGCAGCAGCGUGACCGGACUAUCGAAGCAUCUGUUGAGUGUCGUGGUGACGACGCCCGCAGGCACCGCCUUUUCAAGCGAUCCUCAGGUGGUGGUACCCAAGCGUGACACGACGAAGCGUACAAAGGCACCAUCAGGCAGAGCACGUUCCCACUCGUCGUCGGGCAGAAAAUUGACUAGCCCCAGCAACAGCGGCACCGCAGAGUCGAGCAAAAAAUUGACUGUCCCCAGCACGGCUGCAGGUUCCCCCUCAGAGUCGGGCAAACCAUUGACCAGCCGCAGUGGUAGCAGCACGGCACGUUCACCUUCCGAUUCGGGCAAAACCAACAACACCACUGGCAGCGUGGUGCCUAAUCUCCGCCAGCGCCAGCAGGAGCUCCACCAUUACCGUGUCCUCAUCGAGAAGCGUCGCCUGAGCUUGCUUGAGCUGAAGAUUGCUCGCGAACGUGAGGAGACUCUGCACCAGGACAUCCUUUUUCACAAGGACUUGCAAAUCAAAGAGAAUCUCCUGAAAACCUAUGACGACAACGAUGUCUCUCACGCUUAGGAACUCCAUUGCAGUACGCAGUGUCACCCCACUCAGAUUAGGAAUAACAUUUGCAAUAGCAUGAACUCAAUUCGCCAAGUACCAGUACUUCAAAAAUCAGAUUAAAUUAAUAAUAAUAAUAUUAAAA